AGGAUUGUUACACGCAGAGAAAUAGGGGGAGAUAAAAUUUAUCUUUUCUCCUUAAUUUCAAAAACCCAGCUUCCAUCCUGUAUUUCAGGAAGAAGAGUCUGGGAAUGGGCUUCAGUGGAUGGUUAUGUAUGGCAGAAAAGGGGGCACAAAGGAAGGAAAAGACUGGAGUGGCAGAACAUGGAAUAUACCAUGAGAUGUUUAUUACUCUGAUUUUCAGCAUACAUGACCAGGUAGAUGGGAUGCCAUUCACUGAUGGAGGGAGCGGAGAAAGGAACAAAACAUAAAUUCAGGACUUUUGCUUGCAAGCCACAGAAGUUCACUGUUUUUACCCAUUUCCAACUAACUUAAGAUAAAAAGAGGUGUUAGGGCAACUCAAUGGCUUCUAAAAAUGAAAAGACCAGUGGUGGGUUGGUUUCAGGCCCAGGUAGGCCCAGGUAUUCAAAUAAUGUCAUGGCUUUACUUUCUCUCACCUUCUGUUUCAUUGUUUAUGGUCUUCCUUCUUUCCUACUGCACAUGGCUUUCCCCUCAUUGGCAAACAAAGCCAAUUCACAUGUCCUUUUGAGUCAUAAUCCCAGAGAAAUAGAGUAAGAAGAAACAUCUCUGAGAGUGUGGCAAAAAUUUCCAGAAAAGGUUCUGGUUGACUUAUUUGUGUCAUAUCCAGAUCUAUCUGAUUCUAGAACCCAUGCUGUUAACCACCACGUAGUACCAUCUUAACACUAGCCUUUAAAAAAAUGUUUUUCACUCUGUCUUCUUAUUUAGAUUCUAAGCUCCUCAAGUACAAAGAUCCAUUUAUUGUUUACCCCUACCAUGUAGUACUGUGCUUGGCACAUGGUACUGCAAUCUUUAAAUGUGUGUCCGACUGAACUAAAAUAAACAUCUAAAUUCUGAUGAGUGUGUAAACUGAGCUAAUUCAGGAUGUCAAAAGUGCAGCUAAAUGGUAUAAUAAGGAAAAAGUGAAUGAAUUGCAGGGUAGAAAAAAAUCAUGGAUCACUUACAAAUGGUUUCUAGAUCCAAACAGUCUACUAGAAGUCUCCAGCUGUGCAGACAGACAAAAGGACAAGGUGAAACCAGAGACCUUACUUGGCUUUUCAAAAAGUUUUAGAUUUCCACAUCAAAGGCUGUUAGAAAAAGUGUUAUCCUGAAAUUACUUACAAUUCUAUUAUUGUUAUCAUUUUCAUUUUGUUUUUUAAACUUUGGGAAAUAGAAACAAAGUCAAGUAAUAAAGGUUAGUAAUAAGUGUAAACGGUGGGGACUGAUCUGAUUUAACAUUUUCAUAAAUUAUAAGGAAGCAGUGUUUACACACCACUUUUUAGUUUGCUAAUCAUAGCUCUUUCAGUUAAUGCAAUACAGUCAUCCCCCAUAUACUAUAUACAUGGGAUUCGUUCCAGGACCCACCGCAUAUACCCCAAUCCAAGCAUACUCAAGUUUGCCUGUUCGCCCUGUGGAACCUGAGUAUAAGAAAAGUCGGCCCUCUCAACAGGGUGUUUAGAAUCCCAUGUACCAGGUUGCAUUGAGCGACCCACACAGUUCAAACCCGUGUUGUUCAAGUGUCAACUGUAUUUAGCAAAUUAAGACAAAGGUAAAAUGAUGGAAAAUAAUAGUAAAUGGCUUGAAUUUAGAUAAGGUUCACUUACGCCUUUGGGGAAGUAUAAAAGUGUGGAACAAGAGGUGGACACUCAGAGGUAGUCAUAGGCUCCAAUUAGAUGGACCUAUUUCCUUUGUAUUUUCUCACUUUUCCAUGCAUUUCUUGUCUAUCUCCCUGAGGCUGUAUAUUCAACUGAAGUGACCCUUACCGGCUAGAGGGGAAUUUCAGGCAAGGGACUGCUACAAUCUCUGCUAGUCUCCAGACCUUCAAGGAUUGGGUAAGAGGGUGAAAGGGGUGAGAUGGGUAAACAAAAUGAAGUAAUACAAAUUGGAAAGAGCUAUCCUUUUCAAGGAAGUGAGGUGAUGAAGAAUGAGGGUGAAGAAAAUACAAAUCUGAAGCAAGCCCAGAGGAAAACAACAAUGAUAGUCUCCCACUGAGUAUGAAAAGCAUAAAAUUAAUGGAGGAUCAAGAGAUGGUUAAAAACACAUCACAAAAUUCCAAAUUGCUCUUAUCCUUCGAAGUGUAAAGGCAGUUUCAGAACAAAACAAAACAAAACAAAAAACUGUGUGACACAAAACUUGUUUCUCAAACAAUGAGUAGAGAUUGAAAAUGCAAAUACAAAACUUUCAAAUAAAUUCCCAGAGUUGCUAAGGUCUAUCAGAGGAAACGGUGUAACGGUUCCUGGUCACCGGGUUCAGAAUGCCUGAGUUCUGAUCUUGGCUUGCCUACUUGUUAGUAUUUCUGAGCCUGUCUCCUUGACUGUAAAACAGCGAUAAAAACACCUAUCCUGACUACCACAAAGGGUGAGUUUGGCGUUCAAACGAAAACCAUGUAUCUCUUUUGAAAACCACAGUGCCCCAUAAAUAUAGCGUUCCUGUUACUGCAUCGCUGAAAUUACUGCAAACUCCCAAACAAGGGGCAUCUAGGGAAGAGCAACUUGGCUCUCUCACAUAGCGACUGUGUGUUUUCAUCAAUUUUGUCCUUUGUUUACAGGGGUAUCUUGUUAAGGAAAACUUUUCAGUCUCUUAAAGAUUUUUUAACCUACUACACAAGUAGCAAGGUGGUGCCUGUAAAAGUACCAUGCAGACAAGCGCUUACGAUAGACAAGUGCUCACUGCCAAGCAGCCGCCACCGGAAUGCCAGGACUGUCAGCAAGGACUUUCCGCGCAAGAGCAGUUCUCUUGAGAAAGAUGCACUCAUUGCAUGCGACCACCCGAGGGAUGCCGGCCGCCGAACGGAAACAUGAACUGGUGGAAAUGGCCAUCCGGUGACGUAGUAGUGACACAGUCCUCAUAAUUCUAUUCUGAUACAUUUAAUAAUGUGUCGCAAUUCGCUGGACUAAGCAGGAUGUUGCCACAAGCUGCAAACUCCCACCGACCCGACAACCCGCUCCCAACCCACUACCAAGAAUAAUGCGCGCGCACUCGGCUCCCACGGCUCCAGCGAACGCACCGCCCCCCACGCGGCCCGACGCGCGCGGCGACGUCGGGUCAUGUGACCCUGAGCGCGCCGACGGCAGGGGAGGGCGGGGGCUCAGGCUGACUCCGCAGCGCCGCGCAGGCGCCCCAGGGCCGCGCCGAGCCGAGCCCCUCCUGCUCCCUCUAGGAGUCAAAAUGGCGGCGAGGGGAACCUGGAGCAGUCCCGGAGCCUGAGCCAGUGACAGGAGAGGAGAGGACGGCGGCGGCGGUGGGAGGAGGAUGGCUGGGGGUGCUGGCGCCGGUGCGGACGGCGGUGCUGGUGGCGGCGGCGGCGGGGGCGACUGCAGCGGUCCCAGCGGCAGCAGCAGCGGCGGGAGGAGCCUCCGGGAAAUGGAUGAAAAGAGGCUGCUGGAUCCAGGGUUGAAGGUUCAUAAAGGCCUCUGGGAUUAUACUCUGAAGAACCCGCAGACGGAAUGCCUGAGUGACUGAAGAAAAUGGGUGCUAAUGCAUCUAAUUAUCCUCAUUCAUGUUCCCCGAGGGUAGGGGGAAAUUCACAGGCCCAACAGACUUUUAUAGGGACAUCAUCCUAUUCUCAGCAAGGCUAUGGUUGCGAAUCAAAAUUGUAUAGCCUUGACCAUGGCCAUGAGAAACCACAAGACAAAAAAAAGAGAACCUCUGGCCUUGCCACCCUCAAAAAGAAGUUUAUUAAGCGUCGGAAAUCUAAUAGGUCUGCCGAUCAUGCCAAGCAGAUGCGAGAACUCCUCUCUGGGUGGGAUGUUAGAGAUGUCAAUGCAUUAGUGGAGGAAUAUGAGGGAACGUCAGCAUUAAAGGAGCUUUCUCUACAAGCCAGUUUGGCUAGACCAGAAGCCCGGACAUUGCAGAAAGAUAUGGCUGAUCUUUAUGAGUACAAGUAUUGUACUGAUGUAGACUUAAUAUUUCAAGAAACUUGUUUUCCUGUUCAUCGUGCCAUUUUGGCAGCAAGGUGUCCAUUUUUUAAAACACUGCUUUCUUCCUCACCUGAGUAUGGGGCAGAGAUAAUAAUGGACAUCAAUACAGCUGGUAUUGAUAUGCCCAUGUUUUCUGCUUUGUUACAUUACCUUUAUACAGGAGAGUUUGGAAUGGAGGACUCAAGGUUUCAAAAUGUCGAUAUCCUUGUUCAGCUUAGUGAAGAAUUUGGAACACCAAAUUCCCUUGAUGUAGAUAUGCGUGGACUCUUUGAUUACAUGUGUUAUUAUGAUGUCGUCCUUAGUUUUUCUUCAGACUCGGAGCUGGUUGAAGCUUUUGGUGGAAAUCAGAACUGUUUAGAUGAAGAGCUCAAAGCCCACAAGGCUGUUAUUUCUGCACGGUCCCCAUUUUUUCGAAAUUUAUUACAAAGGAGGAUACGAACUGGUGAAGAAAUCACAGACCGAACUUUGAGGACUCCCACAAGAAUUAUAUUAGAUGAGUCCAUUAUACCAAAAAAAUAUGCAAAAGUGAUAUUACACUGUAUGUAUACCGACGUGGUGGACCUCUCUGUUUUGCACUGUAGCCCCUCUGUGGGGAGUCUCAGUGAAGUUCAGGCUCUCGUCGCAGGGAAGCCAAACAUGACCAGGGCAGAAGAAGCCAUGGAACUUUACCACAUAGCACUGUUCUUGGAAUUUAACAUGCUUGCACAAGGCUGUGAGGAUAUCAUUGCUGAGAGCAUCUCAUUAGAUACCUUAAUUGCCAUCCUCAAGUGGAGUUCUCAUCCAUAUGGCUCUAAAUGGGUGCACCGACAAGCUUUACAUUUCCUCUGUGAGGAAUUUUCCCAGGUCAUGACUUCGGAUGUUUUUUAUGAACUCAGCAAAGACCAUCUGCUUACUGCUAUCCAGUCUGACUACCUACAGGCAAGUGAACAAGAUAUCCUUAAAUAUCUGAUUAAAUGGGGAGAGCAUCAGUUGAUGAAAAGAAUAGCAGAUAGAGAGCCAAACUUACUGAGUGGCACUGCCCAUAGUGUGAACAAAAGAGGUGUAAAAAGACGGGACCUGGACAUGGAAGAGCUCAGAGAGAUCCUUUCUUCUCUCUUACCUUUUGUGCGAAUUGAACACAUCUUACCUAUAAGCAGUGAAGUCUUAAGUGAUGCAAUGAAAAGAGGCUUGAUUAGUACUCCUCCAUCAGAUAUGCUUCCUACAACAGAAGGCGGAAAGUCAAAUGCCUGGUUGCGGCAAAAAAAUGCUGGCAUCUAUGUUCGUCCUCGACUCUUCUCUCCCUAUGUGGAAGAAGCAAAGUCAGUGCUGGAUGAGAUGAUGGUGGAACAAACGGAUCUUGUGCGCUUGCGAAUGGUUAGGAUGUCCAAUGUGCCAGACACGCUCUACAUGGUCAAUAAUGCCGUGCCUCAGUGUUGUCACAUGAUCAGCCACCAGCAGAUCAGCAGCAACCAGUCAAGCCCUCCUUCAGUUGUAGCCAACGAAAUUCCAGUUCCUCGUCUCCUCAUUAUGAAAGACAUGGUCAGACGACUGCAGGAACUGCGGCACACGGAGCAGGUGCAGAGGGCCUACGCCCUGAACUGUGGGGAAGGCGCCACCGUCAGCUAUGAAAUUCAGAUUCGAGUGCUGAGAGAGUUUGGUCUUGCAGAUGCUGCUGCAGAGCUGUUGCAGAAUCCUCACAAAUUCUUUCCUGAUGAACGUUUUGGGGAUGAAAGUCCACUCUUGACAAUGAGGCAACCUGGGAGAUGUCGCGUAAACAGCACCCCUCCUGCAGAAACCAUGUUUACAGAUCUGGACUCUUUUGUGGCCUUCCAUCCACCCUUGCCCCCUCCACCACCUCCCUACCACCCCCCAGCUACCCCAAUCCAUAACCAACUCAAAGCAGGCUGGAAACAAAGACCUCCCAGUCAGCACCCUUCACGUUCAUUUUCUUAUCCCUGUAAUCAUUCGCUGUUCCACUCCAGAACAGCUCCUAAAGCUGGCCCUCCCCCAGUCUACUUGCCGAGUGUGAAAGCUGCACCACCUGAUUGUACCAGCACUGCAGGACUGGGCAGACAGACGGUGGCUGCUGCUGCCGCCACCACCACCUCAACAGCAACAGCAGCAGCAGCGGCAGCAGCAGCAGCAGCAUCUGAGAAGCAAGUGCGAACACAACCUGUGCUGAAUGAUCUGAUGCCUGACAUCGCAGUGGGUGUGUCCACACUGUCACUCAAGGACAGGAGGCUUCCAGAGCUUGCUGUAGACACAGAAUUAAGCCAGUCAGUUUCUGAAGCAGGACCAGGGCCUCCCCAGCAUCUGUCAUGUAUUUCACAGAGACAUACACACACUUCUCGGAAAAAACACACACUAGAGCAAAAAACAGACUCCAGAGAAAAUCCACAGGAAUAUCCGGAUUUCUAUGACUUCUCAAAUGCUGCUUGCAGACCUUCUACUCCUGCUCCCAGCAGACGCACCCCUUCCCCUUCGCAAGGUGGAUAUUUUGGUCCCGAUUUGUACAGCCACAAUAAGGCAUCACCAAGUGGCUUAAAGUCAGCCUACCUACCUGGCCAGACGUCUCCUAAAAAACAGGAAGAAGCUAGGAGAGAAUAUCCACUUUCCCCUGAUGGGCAUCUACACAGACAAAAGAAUGAGCCAAUACACCUGGACGUCGUUGAGCAACCUCCCCAGCGGUCAGACUUUCCUUUGGCAGCCCCAGAAAAUGCUAGUACUGGUCCAGCCCAUGUCAGGGGACGAACCACAGUAGAAACUGACUUGACUUUUGGGCUGACUUCUAACAGACCUUCACUUUCUGCGUGUAGCUCUGAAGCUCCCGAAGAGAGAUCCAGUAGAAGACUGGCAGACAGUGAAUCCCUGGGCCAUGGAGCUCAGAGAAAUACAGAUUUGGAAAGGGAAGAUUCCAUAAGCAGAGGAAGGAGGUCACCAAGCAAGCCGGACUUCCUCUACAAAAAGUCUGCCCUCUGAGAGCAACCUCCAAGUCGUCUGUGCCUGAGAUGUGAAACAUCCCAUUUUAUGAUGUAACCCAACAACUUACAGACCAGUUUAUCAAUGCCAGCUGAUAACUCCGUUUCACAUGAUUUUGUUGUAGUUUUUGUGUAUAUAUGUGUUUAUUAGACACAGCAUGCUAAGAAGGUUUGUUUUUUUUUUUCAAUGUUGCAUCUGUCUGAUUUGUGUUUGAACAAUUAUGUCGGGAAGCAUUUUUAAGAACAAGCAGGCUGGCACUUUUUAUUUCUCUUUACAAAUGAUGGAAUUUUUUUGCACUUGUACAUUUAUUUUCUCUGUAUUGAUUUUAUAUCAGUAUGUUAAACUUUAUUGCCACAUUUAAAGGACUGUAUUUUCAUACUUUUUUGCAUUUUACCUUUCAUCUACCAAUCCAUGUGCAUUGGAUUGCACACUAAGAUGUAUUUUCUUACGGAAUAGUUGUGUUUAUUUUUUAAUUAUAGAAAUUCCAAAGAACAGCACGUCAGAAUGCUCCUCUCUUUUCAGUAAUUGUUUCAGUUCAGAGAUCUUCCCGCUCAGCCUCCAUAAAUCUAAUGUCCCUUUUUUUUUAAUAAGUCCUAGGAGCUGGGCUUCAUUCCUCCAGCGGGAGUCCAGUCAGGGUCCUGAAGUCUGCUGGUUCAGGAAAGAACAGGAAGGAGAAAAGCCUUCUGUGCCCAGGCUAAAGCUGUUAUAUUUCCAGUGUGGAUGCAGUCAGAAUCCCUGCACAUUCUGGUCAUAAGGAUUAGAGUCACCAAAUGAGGCUCCAAGGAGAUCGCAUCCCUUGGAAUUAGAAAGCAGUGGAGACCGUGCACAGUGACUCACACCUGUGAUCGGCACUUUGGGAGGCCGAGGCGGGCGGAUCACUGGAGCUCAGGAGUUCAAGACCAGCCUGGGCAACAUGGCGAAACUCCAUUUCCAUUAAAAAAAAAAAAAAAAAAAAAAAAAACACUAGCCGGGCAUGGUGGUGCACGCCUGUAGUCCCAACUACUUGGGGGGCUGAGGUGGGAGGAUCGCUUGAGCCUGGGAGGUUGAAGACUGCAGUGAUCCAAGAUUGCACCACUGUGCUCCCGCCUGGGCAACAAUGAGACCCUGUCUCCAAAAAAAGAAAAAAAAAAAAAAAAAGGCAGUGGAAAUAGAGAAGUAACUUAAAGGGCACACUGACAGAAUUUCUGGUUCUGAGCGUCAACUCUCCAGCUGCGAUGGGGGAACUGACUGCUUGCUGCCUUUAAUUGUCUUACUCUCUAUGGGAAGAAAACAAAAGGGCUUCAGUCUCAUGGAUGUUAUUUGGUGUUUGUAAACGUAUGUUUUCUUUUAAACGAUUUUCAAAGUAUGUCUAAAUUUUGGUGUUGGGUAAUGCGUAAUGCUUUCUCACCAACAGAAAAAAAGAAAAAAAAGUUUUCAGUUAAACACUACAUGUCCUACUUGAACUCCACGGGGACGCUGGUUUGGCAUUUACUAAACCACUGAGCACAUGGGGUCUUUCCGGAUCCUCUCCCUUGGAAGGGCAAUGUGUGAGCUAAGGACUGUUUUUUUCUUACUCUCCAAUGUAAAUAUAUUAGUAUUUGAGUUUUUAAAUCACUUCAACAUUAUUUGAGCAUUUACUUUGUAUUUUUACAAACACAUAAACACACAGCCGUAGCACUUAGAAGAAAAGAGGCUUUCCAAACAUUCCUUCUUCUGGAUAUUUGGGAGCCUUUUUUCUGUGUAUGUAUAUAUAUAAAAAACCAUGAAUCACUCACACUCACUCGAAAACUAUGCAGGGCUAGGAAGCCUCUACGAGCUACCGGAUAAAUGAAUUACAUGCACUUUGAAGUAAAUAGGUUUUCUAUUGGGUGUCAACAACUCUGAUUUCUCCCAAAACUAUAGUUUCUCUUACGGUCUUUUCCUCCUUUACCCUGUGGAUAUACACUCAGGAAUAAUCUGACAUUUUAGAAAAACCCAAACAGUAGAUAGUCUCCAAGAUGGGAAACAUGUCGUGUGUCUGCACACACCGGCAAACUGCCGCCGCUCGUUCUGCUGCCUGACUGGUUAGCUGCUGUACGGGUGCACUCGGUGACGCUGCUGGUGCAAGCUCCCGAGCUCCCAGAGUUAACACUAAUCUGCAGGUCGGCUGUGCAUCGCAUUCGAGGCUCCUUUUUUAAAGAGAAAAACAUAGGCCUCUGUUCUCAUUUGUAAGAAAUUUGACUCAUAAUAGAAGACGGUGUCUUUUGAAGCCCAGCCUCUGUCUGUCUUCAGAAACAAAAGCGAAUGCCAUCAUAUUCCUUGAUGUGUGUUUCUACCACAUAUGUAUGUUGACAUGUUCAUGUACUGCGCCGGUACUGCAAGUAAAACUCAGUAGACCUAAUUUGGAUGGGGAGAAAAAACUCAUCCCUGACCCUUUUUUUUUUUGGUCUCCAAAUGUUAGACCAGAGAUGUUGAUCCCACACAUUCAUUUUUCUGAAAAUUCAUGAACUAUUCUCUCAUGUCCCUGAAAUAUAAUUAUAAAAGUAAAUGGCCACUAUUCCUAAGAUUAUUUAGUUUAUAAAGUUUGCUUUUAAUCAUACAGCAGCUUACCUGGCUAAAACUAUGUGUAUAAAGGGAAAAUUUGCUUUAAUCUGUGGGAUUGCGGACGGGUGUGACUUGCAAAAGGUUAACAGGUGUGGCUUUUGUGUGUGUUAGAUGAGGUGUUAGUGGACUUUUAAUGUAUCUUGUGAAGUAUGGUUACUAGGGUAGGUUGAAGAGCUACGUGCCUCUGGCUUUUGAACCCAUCUAUUAAAUCUUUUUUAAUGCUGUACUAAGAUAAAUGUGAAGUCUAAGUAAGGUUGCUCUCAGAAAAAAAGCAUAUAUAUGUAUAAAAUAAAAUUCAGGCCAUGGGAACUGGCAUUUUACUUGGUGUAGGAAUUUAGUGCGAACCAAAUCACAAAAAUACCAGAUCUCCUUUUGAGAUUGUGGACAAUCAGGCCGUUUGGACAAUCACCACUUCCAGUGCCCGCUGUGUGUUGAGGUUAGAGAACUACCGUUUACAUGCUAGAGCCAAGAGAGGACAUUCAAGUUUCUUAAAGAUGCUGUUGGUAUUUUUUCUUAUGUUAUUGUUUUAGUUUUGUGAUUUUUAUGAAUAAUUUUAAGUUCAGAGUCAACCCGUGGCUCCUAAGGAAAAAAACAGCAGCAUGAAAGGCAAAAAGUAUUUGAAACAUAGUUGUUUAAGUUUUCCACGCCCAUUCUCACAUGCCCCCUUCAGCUUUAUUUCUGGGAACAUGUCCCUAGACCUCAGCUAGCCUGACAAUGCAAUAAUCCGUUAGGCUUUGAGACUUUUCAGUGAAUUCUUGACAUUUCAGUCUUCUUAUAGAAUUCUUUAUGAAGCCUUACCUAAUUCUUGUUUUUGCUUCCUCAGAAACUUUAUUAUACCUGCCAUCCUUCAUUGGAUUUUUGUUUUGGUUUGUUGUUGCCAUUCUAGCAAUGAGCUUAGUCCUUGUACAUCUGCAUUAAGGUGCCGAUGCAGAAGGCAAAUUGGAAGCACGCGCCAGCGGCAGUGGGGCUCAAAGCCGACCUCCAUGCAUCAUUCUCUAGAGUUGAAAGGACUGACAUUUCUCAGUAACUACCCGGCAAAAUAUAUAUUUUCAUAAUGCUGAAUUUAGAAAAAAAAUGUUUCAUGAAACACUUGUAAGAUACUUAUUUUGAAAUUAAUUAUAAGGCAUUCAUAUUUUUAGGACUGAAUUCAAAGGGAAAUGCUUCUUUGACUUUUUUUCAUUGUUCGGUUGACUUUCAGCUUUCUGGAGUGACUAUUAAAGCAGCAGUGAUGGGUGCUAUUCCUGGUUCUGCGGUAGUUUACUUUGUCUACUAAGUGAUUUACUUUCAAACCUCAUUACAGAUAAUCUUACUAAAAGACUUAACAUGCACACUGCUAAAAGGUGUUUUACUGUUUUCCAUUAACGCUGUUGUAUGAACAAUAUUUGGUGACAUGUCUUUUUGUCCUGUAGAUUGUCAUAUCUGUUAUGUAGUUAUCCUAUUGGCAAGUCCUUUGAUUUUUUUUUUUCCUCUAGAAAAUCCUCAGACUGUCAAUCUUCCGUAUUCUGAAUAUUAUAAUGCUGUGGCCAUUUCUAUAGAAAGAUUACUUGCAAGUGUGUGUCUUGAAAAUAACCUCUUGUAUUUGUGUGUUUAUGUGAGUUCUGUCUAAGAGGUCAGAUAAGCUCUGGAAGCUUCAUCAUCUGUACCUACACGUGACUGUAUCUGGGUUACAUGGGCAGGCGGUACCAAGUCCUGCUCUUUGAUGGGGUGGCUGAGAGAGAAAGGUUCCUGAACUCUCCUUGCUGUGUACGCACCACAUCUGUACUUCAGAGCGGUGGAAAACCAUCUACAACACUGCAUUUCUUGUGGUUGUGCUGUUACUGGUAUAAAGUCAAGUGCCUUCAAUGCUAAAGGCUCAGAAAUUUUUCUUAAACUGAUUUCAUGUCCUAUGCAAGUGUUUUCUACAACCUGCAUAACCAGUACUUUGUAAAACUUGUUUACGCUUCAAUUGUACAUAGUGAUUUUUAAAGAAAUAUAUAGUAUUUUUAUUUAGGUACCUCCAAACUUGAAUUCGUCUGUGUGAAGCAUUGUAAAACGAUACAUUUCUCUUUUGAGUACCAUUACAGUUGUACAGAGGUUUUCACUGCUUCUAUUUUUCUACUGUUACUGAUAAGCAUGUAACACUGACUUUAUCCUACAUAUAGUUGGCAUUUCAAAUAAAUGGCUUGUAUAGAA